AGGACACAGGAUGAGGCCAAGGCGGCUGAGUUGGAGGCAAAGUACCAUUCCAUGCUGAGCCAGGGCGAGAGGAUCCAAGACUUGCAAGUGGCCUUGGGGAAGGCCGUGAAGGAAGCCAACUAUUUGAAGGCUCACUGGAUUCAACAAGAACUGCAACAAAUGGGCGCAGCUGACGCUUCGGUUCCUGCCCCACUUCCAGAGGUGGGACUUGCCUUUGGGCUUUGGAGUGUGUUUCGCAGCAGCACCAGCCAAGCACUGUGUGGAGGAGUGGCUGGUGCUAGUGCAAUGGCCUUGCAAAUCACUUCGCUGAUGUGGCUUCGGACCAUCAUGAACUACCAGUACCGCUAUGGCAUGACGAUGCGCGAGGCGAUGCGGGACCUGUAUGUGCAGGGCGGCCUCCCGCGCUUUUAUCGCGGCAUCGGGCCUGCCCUGGUGCAGGGGCCAUUGAUGCGCUUCGUCGACUCUUCCGCCAAUGCCGGGGUGUUGGCCUUUUUCCAGAGUGCACAUGCAGAGAAUUGGCCGGUUUGGAUUCAGACCAUUUUUGCGUCCGCCUCCGCCGCAAGCCUCCGCAUCGCGUUGAUGCCUCUGGAUGCCGUGAAGACGGUUCUGCAGGUUGAUGGUCAUCAUGGGCUCGCGCAGCUCUUUGCCCGAUGCCGGGCUGGAGGAUCUUCCGUGCUUUUUCGUGGGGCCAUGGCAUCUUCUGCUGCGACCUUCGUCAGUCACUACCCGUGGUUCACAGUCUUCAACUGCCUCAAUCGCCAGCUGCCCCAGUACGAGAAGCGCUCCCAGCAGCUGCUGCGGAAUGCGGGGAUUGGCUUUUGUGCUUCCGUCUGCUCUGACACUGUGUCCAACUCCCUACGGGUGUUGAAGACGCACCGGCAGACGCACGAUCAGGGCUCCUACCUUGGCAUCGCACAGGCAGUCAUCCGCACGGACGGGGUCACUGGCUUGCUGAGCAGGGGAUUGACCACACGCAUCAUUGCAAACGGCCUUUCUGGCAUGGUCUUUUCAGUGCUCUAUCGGCUUUUUGAGGAGCCUCUGGUGAAGAGGUGAUCCAGGAUCGUCAGGGACAGUGGUCCAAAUUGAUGAUUCAGACGCGUUGGUGCAUGGCUUGAAAUUGGAUCAUGCGAACAACCGUUAGACUAAGCUGACCGGCUUGGCAUGAGUUACAUGAAGAAAACCCUUUUGGAAAAGGCUCCCAAGCUUGACUUACCUUUCGAAAGGAUAACGCACCAGUGAGGUGGAGAGAGAAGGAAGUUUUGGGCUGGAACAGGCAGACCCAAACCGUUUUCCGAAUUCACGUAGCAUAGUGCCAUGUAAUUUAGCAUUCAGGGAUCCUGAUUAUCGAGUGGACUCUGAGGGGGACGUUUUUCACCUCAGUGUGCACAUCUUUCGCCUUUGCUGCAAGACGGCAGGGCGGCAGGGUCACUGGCUGAGAGUAUUCAAAAAAGAGGUUAAAGACCAC